AUGAAGAGAAAAAGGGACUCUAAGCCGUGCAGAACCAAGAAACAGAUCCCACAAGCAGACGAGAAGAUUGAGCAAAUGGGUACUUCUAUACUGGAUGUGCCUGAUUCCGUCCUCAUAGACAUUGUGCUAAGGCUACCUAUUAAGGCCGUCAUCAUGUGCAAAUGUGUUUGUAAACCUUGGCGACGCGUAAUUUCAGACCGCCAUUUCGCAAAGAGGCAUUUCGCCAAGGCAGAGCCGUGUCCUUUGAUUAGGACCAUUGGUGGCUCGAGAGUUUCGAGAAUGCUAUACCUGAUCGAGCCAUCUGAAAUUAAUGUGAACUAUGAUGUUGAUAGUGAUGAUGAAUAUUCAUCGCCUGAUUGCGGAGUCAAUUUGAAGUUAGACACUAAGUUGAAGAUCCCUCUCCGCAAUGUUGAACUGGUGACCCAGAACAACACUGAUCCCAAGUUUAAUAGCCGUGCUGGUAAGGGUGGCUUAAAAAAACGUUGUGUGAAGGUGACCACAAAAGAGCAGAAGUUUCAGAUUGUGAAUUCAUGCAAUGGAUUUCUUUGCCUGUGUGAUCCUGUUCGUAACAACCCUCUUGUAGUUUGCAAUCCAAUUACUGGUGAGUACUUAAAACUUCCAAAGACAGAGGAAUCCAAUGAGAGUGUCAAAGAUAUGGUCUGUGGAUUAGGAUUUAGUAAUAUUAGCAACCAGUAUAAGGUUCUUAGAAUCUUUGAUGGAAGAGGGAAACGGAAACAGGAAUGGGAACGCUGUCGUUGCCCGAUUACAGGUUCCAUUGUCAAUAUGGACAGAGAAAAAACUGAUAUCUGUGACCUCGGUGGAUCUCUAUAUUGGAUUGUUGAUGAACUCGGAAAACCAGAGGUGGUACAUUCAUUUGACUUCGGCAAAGAGAAAUUUGGAGCUCUGAAGCUGCCUCCAUAUACCUCCAGUUGGGGAUGGAGUGAUCAAUCUAAGAUGACCUUGGGAAUGCUAGGAGGUAGAUUAACUCUGUGCCACGGUAUAAUCAACAUGGAAGAGGUCAAGAUAUGGUUGUUGGAGAAAAAUGGUGGACUUGCUACAUGGAAAAUUUUCAAGACAAUUGACUUGAGUUAUGAUGAUAGAUGGCCCCUUGGUUCAUACUGGCCAAUAAAUUUUCGAAAAGAUAAAGGACUUCUGAUGUUUCAGUCCCCUAAAAGUGCCUUCUUUUAUUAUGAGCCCAAAUUCGGUUCGUGGAAGUAUUUCAGAAUUUAUCAUGUCAAAGCCAAAUAUGAAUCAGUUUCUCACAUUCCUAGUUUUGUCAUGCUCAAGGAUGUUGUAAAGGGAGAUUGUGUUGAGAUAUUGAACGUCAAUUCAAAGUGUUUGGAGUUUAAGUUACCAGGAGAAACCAAGCCUAUUUUCUUAGUGCAAGAAAUCCGUGACUUGGAAAUUGAUACAGAUGCCUCAGGUUACAGCGACGACGAAGAUGAAGAUGCAGAAUGA